CUCAGCUUGGAUGGGGCGGAGUCUCAGGGUGGCGCAGACAAACUUGGUUUCCGUCCGCCCCCCUAAGAGGGCCGGUUCCUCCGUGCCCGAAUUAAUGGCUGCGCGCCUCUGAGAUAAGGCUGCUCUCAAGCCUCGUCCGCUGCCAAACAGCCCAGUUUCUCCCCGACCGCAGCUGGACCUCAGUGCAGUCGGGCGGCCCUGCUUUUCUCCCAAACGAGAAAGCUCGCCACGCAGCGUCUGCUGCCCUCCCUCUCCGCGCGCGCGCGUGCGCCGCAAGCAAGCCUUCCCUGUAUUCAGCUGCCCGCCCUUUCCGCGCUCAGGGAUCUCCGCACCUCCACAGCUCCUGAGGCUCAGCGUCCCCCUCUCUGUUUUUCUCUAGUUAAACCAUCAAUAGUUUCUGAAUGACUGACUCAGUUUUUGGAUUCUAUUCUCAUGACCAAGCAAAUGUUUGACUUGAAACCAGCCUAGUAUAAAUGUCUCUGUGCCUCUAAUUCUGAAUCUAUUCCUGGAUUUCAGCACUAGAGAAACCCAUCAAAAAAUGUCUAAAACUGGAACAAAGAUUACUUUCUAUGAAGACAAAAAAUUUCAAGGCCGCCACUAUGACUGUGAUGGCGACUGUACAGAUUUCCACAUGUACCUGAAUCGCUGCAACUCCAUUAGAGUGGAAGGAGGCACCUGGGCUGUGUAUGAAAGGCCCAACUUUGCUGGGUACAUGUACAUCUUACCUCGGGGCGAGUACCCGGAAUACCAGCAUUGGAUGGGCCUCAACGAUCGCCUGGGCUCCUGCAGGGCUGUUCAUCUGUCUAGUGGAGGCCAGUAUAAGAUUCAGAUCUUUGAGAAAGGUGAUUUUAAUGGUCAGAUGUAUGAAACCACUGAAGACUGUCCUUCCAUUAUGGAGCAGUUUCACAUGCGAGAGGUCCACUCCUGUAAGGUGCUGGAGGGUGCCUGGAUUUUCAACGAGCUACCCAACUAUCGCGGCAGGCAGUACCUUCUGGACAAGAAGGAGUACCGGAAGCCCAUCGAAUGGGGUGCAGCUUCCCCAGCUGUCCAGUCUUUCCGCCGCGUUGUAGAGUAAUGACAUGGAUGAGCCAUAAGCUUCUUCCUGGGGGCCAAACGCUGGCUGGCCUUGUCAUCAAAUAGGCAUCAUAAAUAAAACAAUUGGCAUG